AUGGACAAUCAGGGGAACCGUCUGUAUCUCAACUUCAACAAUGCCAACAACGACCGCCUGGCUGCCAAUGACCGAGCCUAUCCCACGACGCCCUCGACGUUUCCUCAGCCCAUCUACCAAGGCCAGCCAGGAACUCCCGCGAGUGCCGUUCCGCAGUCGCAUGCAUACCAGCAGCAGCAGCCCUACGGUCAGGGAGGUUACUUCCAGUAUGGCCAGUAUGCGCAAGCUUCCCCUUACAGCUCUGCCGGUCAGGGCUAUGGCCAAGCCGGCCAGAAUGCUGCUGGAGUUGCUAUCGACCCGAACACUGGGCUCGCUCAGCAGUUCUCUCACCAGAAUCUCGGCGAUGGCUCAAGAUCUCCUCAUGCUGCCCGCGGCGCCUCUCCCGGCCAGCGCCCGCGGACGGCUGGCGGUCAGGGCCAGCAGCCUGGGUACUCGAGCUAUCUGAAUGCUCCCCCUAUGCCUACCCACACUGCUCAGUCAGGUUUCUUCGUGCCUGCUCCGGAAAGGAAUCCAGAGAAAUAUGGCCAGACGGCGCACCACAACCAGAAGAAGUGCUCCCAGCUCGCCUCUGAUUUCUUUAAGGACAGCGUCAAGCGGGCUCGUGAACGCAACCAGAGACAGAGCGAAAUGGAGCAGAAGCUGGCAGAGACCACGGAUCCGCGCCGUCGAGAAUCCAUCUGGACUACCUCAGGCAGGAAGGAGGGUUCCUAUUUACGUUUCCUGCGCACCAAGGACAAGCCCGAGAAUUACAAGACCAUCAAGAUCAUCGGAAAGGGUGCUUUUGGCGAGGUGAAGUUGGUUCAGAAGAAAUCGGAUGGGAAGGUUUACGCCAUGAAGUCGCUCAUCAAAACCGAAAUGUUCAAGAAGGACCAGCUUGCCCAUGUUCGUGCUGAGCGCGAUAUCCUGGCCGAAUCGGACAGCCCGUGGGUUGUCAAGCUGUACACCACUUUCCAGGAUGCGAACUUUCUCUACAUGCUCAUGGAGUUCUUGCCUGGUGGCGAUCUGAUGACCAUGCUGAUCAAGUAUGAGAUUUUCUCUGAGGAUAUCACGCGGUUCUAUAUUGCAGAGAUCAUCCUGGCCAUCGAGGCGGUGCAUAAGUUGGGUUUCAUUCACAGAGACAUCAAGCCCGACAACAUCCUCCUUGACCGUGGCGGCCACGUCAAGCUCACGGAUUUUGGCCUCUCGACUGGUUUCCACAAGCUGCAUGACAAUAGCUAUUACCAGCAACUGCUGCAGGGCAAGCCGAGCAAGCCAAAAGACAACCGCAACUCAAUCGCCAUCGACCAGAUCAACCUUACGGUCAGCAACCGGUCUCAGAUCAACGAUUGGAGGCGCUCGAGGCGGAUGAUGGCCUACUCCACGGUCGGUACUCCCGACUACAUCGCCCCCGAGAUCUUUACAGGCAAUGGUUACUCGUUUGACUGCGACUGGUGGUCGCUGGGUACUAUCAUGUUCGAAUGCCUUGUUGGCUGGCCGCCGUUUUGCGCAGAAGACAGCCACGACACAUAUCGCAAGAUCGUCAACUGGCGGCAGACAUUGUACUUCCCUGAAGACAUUCAGCUUGGUGCGGAAGCCGAGCAUUUGAUCCGGAGUCUCAUUUGCAACUCCGAAAACCGUCUCGGCCGCGGCGGUGCCCAUGAGAUCAAGGCACAUCCUUUUUUCCGUGGCGUCGAGUUCGAGAACCUGCGCCGUAUCCGUGCACCAUUCGAGCCACGUUUGACUUCUGCCAUUGAUACCACAUACUUCCCGACUGAUGAAAUCGACCAGACUGACAAUGCCACGUUGCUCAAAGCCCAGAUGGCUCGAAACGGCAACCAGCAGCAAGAGGAGAGUCCCGAGAUGAGCUUGCCGUUCAUCGGAUACACCUUCAAGCGUUUUGACAACAACUUCCGGUGA